AUGCUUGGAAGGGGAAGGGCAAGCCGAUGCUCUGUUUUUAGCAGGGUUCAGCCUUGCAAGGCGGUGUAUAGGAAUCUGAAAUUUGGAUUAAGACACAUGCAGUGCUCUACAAUACAAUCAGAGGCUGGAGCUUCUGAUAAUGGUUGCUUUGUCUUUUGUGAAGUUCCGAAUAAAACAUAUAUUAAGUUAAUGGGUCCUGAUUCACCACAUUUUCUAAAUGGAUUACUGACUUCGAAAUUCUUACCAAGUUAUGUGAAGAAGAAUUUAACUACAAUUUCAGUAAAUGAAGAGGACUCUCACUCCACAUCUGAUGUAAAUAAAAUUGAAGAAUUCAACGAAAAAUGUUGCAACUGGGGCAUAUACAACGAUGUUGGGUACCAUGGACCCUAUAUCUCUCGCUUAGGUCAGUAUACUUCUUUUUUGAACAGUAAAGGUAAGAUAGUGACUGAUCUAAUUGUUUAUCCGACUCCUGUUUUCACGGAAAGUACAAUUACAAAAUACAGCAAAUUCAAUAGACAUCCAGCGUAUCUUUUAGAGAUAGAUACUAUCUUGGUUUCUAAAGUCUUAAAAAUGUUUGAGUCUCAUAGUUUGAAGAACAAAAUUAAAUAUAAGUUAUUGCCGGAAAAUAACUUCAAGACUUGGGAACUAAUGAUAUCCUUGCCCAAUGUCCCUGGUAAUUGUUUGAAUCCAUGGAUUAAUAAUUUACAUUUCCCAUUCACAGUGGCGAAAUCACCUGAAGUCGCAAACAAUACAAUGGAACAAAUUGUAUCUAAUAUGUUUACGUUUAACAUAAAAAAUGGGGAUACUUAUAAUGUGGAGGCUCUCGAUUCUUUCUAUAAAAAUAUUAAGGGGAUAUAUCUGGACAGAAGAUUUGAUUUACUUAUGGAAGAGAAUAGCUCUACCCCACAAAUAUUGAAGAUUGUAACAUCAAAUAAGAUUACUGACAUAUCUCAAUUUUUCAAUAAAAAGGUAUUUCCUUUCGAAUUUGUCACAAAAAAACUGGAUCAUCAAUUCUUUAGAGAUUAUAAAUUAUUGAACGGUGUUCUCGAUUCUGCAACAGACAUCAAGCCAGAAUCAAUCUGGCCAUUAGAAUUAAACUUUGACUACUAUCCGAACUCGGUGAGCAUCGAUAAAGGAUGCUAUUUAGGUCAAGAGAUUAUGCAUAGACUUUUUUCAACAGGAAGGCUAAAAAAAAGAUUGAUCCCAGUAAAGCUUGAAGGUUAUCACUAUCUAGAAAACUGUGGUAACAAGGAUUACAAAGAUAUAGUAGUAAAAUACAAUCAAGACACCGAUAUAGAAGGGCAAGAGCAGGUGUAUAAUCCAUUUCAACCAUCUCAACCUGCUUCUUUCUCACAGAAGCGACAAAAAGUGGCUGGUUCCCUGCUAACAUUCAAUAAAGAAAAUGGGCUAGCCUUAAUAAGAACUGAACUAUUUGAUAAAAUAUUCGAUUCCAGUAGAAAAAAUGAUUACGAAUUUCUAAUCACCCUAGAAUCAGAAUCUCCAGAACACCAGUCCAAAGUCGUAAAACUGACGCCACAGACACCGUACUGGCUACCCAUUUGGAAGAAAGAAAACGAAUCUCAAAAAUAA